UAAGCAACCGAAGCACUUUCAAAGCACAUGUUAUAUGAUCUCUUCUUAAUCAAGUCUUGGCUCUUUAGUUGAACUUUCUGAGAAAGAAAAAAUUGCUUAGUAAACCUGUCUCUGGUGUCAGUGCGCAAAGCACGUGAAGAGGAUUGGCUUUUUGUCCGGGUUUAUUUUUCAAAGGGAUUACUGCUUGGUCAGAUGGGAAUCUCAAUGAAGUGUGCCCUUCUUUCUACGGCAGAAGACGAUUUACUGUUGUUAUGUCAUUGCGGUCUGAUGCUUCUGGGGGUGGAGGAACUAGGAGUCGAAAAUACCCACCCACAAACGCCACAGUACUGCAGUAUUCUCAAACGCUAAACUGUCAAUCAGGAUCAGUGUUCUUUAAAAGCUCGAAUCAGGCCCCAAACCAACCCACAGUCAUUAAAGAAUCGGGAAAGACUAACAAGCAGCAACCCGUAAGAAGCCGCAAGGUCGCUGGACAAGGACCAUGAACCCCUCUGUACUGUAUCUGUGAUUACACCUUGGAGGUGAACAACGGCAGAAGAAGUGACUGGUGGUUAUGAAUCAAAGCACGCAAACUAAAAACAAAUAACAUUGACAUUGGUUGUUUCGUUAAUUUGUCAGCUACUCAAACUUGUCUCGGAAACGUGCAUAUUUUAAGCCACUCAUUCAGCGGUCUUCCGGGCAUGAGCGAGGCACUUCUUUUUGUCGUUUCUUUUCAGCGUAUACAUGGACACGUUUAAAAUAGUUUUCCGUGUAAAGUGUGUCCUUCAGUGGUGAAAUACUCACCAUAGCAACCACAGGAACAUAAUUGCCUGAAAGUGCCUAGCAGGCACAAGUACUUGGAGGGUCACAUCGAUGUCUAGAAGCUUUCAAGCUUCUAUGAUUUGGAGGCACUCGAAGCACGCAUUCGGUUAGCCCGUGUUCUCCGAAUUACGCAUAAAGUUACGCAUAGCAUAUAACGAGAAAAUGGAAUGGAAACUGCUGAUCGCCGCGCUGUUUUUUCCUGCCCAAAUUAUAUUCUGCAUUGUUAAAGCGUGUGUAUGCAUACUGCUCCCAAACAAACGGAGGGAUCUGGGAGGAGAGGUGGUCCUGAUCACCGGAGGAGGAAGAGGUAUUGGUCGACACCUGGCCAGGGAGUUUGCUGUGCAGGGGGCAAAGAAGGUGAUCCUGUGGGGUCGCACAGAGAGAUGUCUGAAGGAGACCUGUGAGGAGAUCUCGCAGGCGGGAACUGAAUGCCACUAUUUCCUGUGUGACGUGGGCAACAGGGAGGAGGUCUAUCAGCAGGCCAAGGUGGUCAGGGAGAAGGUGGGAGACGUCACUAUCCUUGUGAACAAUGCAGCAGUGGUGCAUGGGAAGAGUCUAAUGGACAGCGAUGAUGAUGCCCUUUUGAAAUCGCAAAAUGUUAACACACUGGGCCAAUUCUGGACCACGAAGGCCUUCCUGCCCAGGAUGCUGGAGCUUCGGCACGGGCACGUGGUCUGCAUCAACUCCAUCCUCUCGCUCUCCUCCAUCCCCGGGGCCAUCGACUACUGCUCUUCCAAGGCCUCGUCCUUCGCUUUCAUGGAGAGCCUGACCCUGGGUCUUCUGGACUGCCCCGGGGUGGGCUGCACCACCGUGCUGCCCUUCCACACCAACACCGAGAUGUUCCAGGGCAUGAGAGUCCGGUUCCCCCAGCUCUUCCCUCCCCUGAGGCCCGAGUACGUGGCUCAGCGGACGGUGGACGCGGUCCGAACCAACACGGCCUUCGUCUACCUGCCCUGGACCAUGCGUGCCCUCGUCAUACUCAAAAGCUUCAUGCCACAGUAUGCCUUAGAGGAAAUCCACAAGUUCACAGGAUCUUACUCCUGCAUGAACACGUUCAAGGGACGGACAUGAGGGACGCCAACAGUGACUCUAGGGGACUCUGGGAGGACAAAUAGACCUGAGAGUCUUUGUCUUAUUGACCCAGAACAGCAUGGGGGCGGAGCAGGACUUUGGGGUCCCAGUCUCUUCCAGGUGUGGGGGAUUCUCAGAGGCCACAGCAUCUCAAAACGCGGUGCUGUUGUUCACCUCAUCACACCAUUGCACCUCAAACAACUGUUUAUAGCUAGGCUUGGGCCGGUGUGAGAUUUCAGUGGUAUGAAAACCUUGGCCAACAAUGUCACAGUAUUGCCCUCUAAAAUGUGAUCUUGUAAAAUGGUUGUAGAUGGAAAAAUAAUCUAACCAAAAUACUUUUUUUUUCCAUUGAAUAAAAUAUAUUUAUUUAGAACUAUU